GUCGCCUUAGCAUACUCUGUUACUUUCAGGUAGGAGCAACAGAGAACGCAAGCGAGCCAUUUCAAAUUUAAGCUCACAUCUGGAUGCUUGCUACAAUUCUCAACGAUCGGCCACAUUCCUUGGACCUAAUAUAUAUUGAGCAUGGAUAGGAUGUGAACAUUCUGUCCGGAUCAUUCUCUGCUUAAGUAUAAUCAGCAGCACCCUGGAGACGUGUCCUACAAUUCAUAUCCCCUUACGAGGCCCGAGGAUGGCAAACAACUCUCAGCACUCAAAUAUACACCACGGAGCUCAUCAAAUGGACUUUACGAACAAAGGAAACUAUACAAAGAGCGAGGCAAGGGCACGGGAGACCCCAGUUAUGGGUGUAUCGACUGGUUCAAGUGCAGCGAAACUGGCGACUUUACGAAACUCCAGUAUGUCAUUGAGAUCGCGACUACCAUGGCUGGAUGCUCGGCCACAACCCCGAAUUUCAAACAAGAACAACAACAAACAAGACGAUGUUUCACACCGGACAUCUGAAUACCAACCGACAAUUCUCCCCCUAUCAGAUGUUCAUUCUACAGUCCAUCAAACGCUUCCACCCACGGACAAUUGCAUGGAGAAGUAUACCGACACAAGCCAAGCUCCACUAGUUCUCUUGUCGAAAGCAGAUACUAUCUUCAAUCCAUUCCAGCCUUCAAUAGGCCAAAACCCGCAUGAAUUGGAACGCCUUUCUUCUGACAUUGUUGAGAACAAAGUGAGAGUCAAGUUGCCUGAAAAGCAGGAAGCUUUUGACGAUGUUAAUCCCCGAGAAUUGGAAUCUCCUGCCUCAGAAACCGUACCAAGUAGAGAGCCCCUCCUUGACAGCAGUUACGACAAGAUAAAAAAGCAAAGCCCAAAUCCAAACCAACGUUCCACCGAAAGUGUUUCUGAACUCAGUGGAUCGCCAUUAACAGAGGCCAUAAAUCGCCUAGAGCAUUUAAUGAAGGAAGCUGAAAGCUUGGUGAACGAAGCGACUGACAGCAGUCAUAUUGGGGAAACCAAAAACACAACUGGUCAUGGAAACCAAGCCAUAAACUCUUCUAGCAUCACGGCUGCGGGGGUUGAAGUUUCAUCAACCGGAUCAACCUCUCUUUCUAUUGACAAGAGUGUGUCCAAUUUGAGUCUGGAUGAGUCCGAAAACUCACAGGCGAGUAGUCCAGAUAAAUCUAACCUUGCUGAUUCUCGUGAAUUAAAUGCCAAAGAUGUUGCACGUCUCCGACAAUUAGACCCUAAGCAAGAAAAGGCUAAGCAGAAGUUCUACCAUCGAUCGACACAAACGUCCAAUUUUGAUUACUACUCGCCUAAUAUUGAAGGCAACGGCAAGAACACUUAUUCCAGACAAACACACACAGGGUAUAUAUCAGAAUCUCCGUCAGAACCGCAGGCAUCUGCUUCAAUCGAGUGUCUGAGGAAGAGGAAAAGAAGUGUACAGAUAGUCGAAGAUAAUCAUCCAAAUUGGCAGGAGUGGCGAGAGCCGAGACACAACAGCUAUUACGACAAUACAUGGAAACCACGUGACACAACCAGGCCUUCUGAAUCCAGAAAAGUGUUCAAUUUGCCCUUUCAGUUCAGCGAGGGAACGAGUAUGAAAAGUGGCGCCAGUGCCCGGCUGAACAGCAGCAAAAAUGAUGAUGGAUGUCUUGAAAAGGUUGAGGCGGCCAGAGCUUGCGGCGACAGAGAUGGGUUGCGUCGUAAAAGUUGGAUACUAGCUCAUUUCAGAGAGGAGCCAAUUGCUAGGAGGUGGAAGCCGACGCGGAAACGCAUUACGGCUUUGAUUGCGUGUCUCAAUACUGGAAUGGUCGGUUAUGCGAUUGGCGAUUAUGCGGGGAUGGUUCCAAGAAUUCAGUUUCAGCUCGCAGACCAAGGACAUAAUGUAUUACUCGGCAACGUUUAUUUGUUCCUUGGAAUGGCACUCACAACAUUCUUCUGUUGGCCACUGCCGCUGUUGCAUGGCCGUCGCCCAUACAUUCUUGGCUCUCUCGGUCUUGCGAUACCUUUGCAGUUUCCACAAGCAAUUCUAGUCAGUCAAGUUCGGACACCCGUUUCUAUGGGCUUCGAGUUUAGUCUCUUGACUUGCAGAUUCGUAACCGGUCUUCUUCUGGGUUUGACCAACAUCAAUGAUUUUGCUAUGCUCCUAGACCUCUUUGGGGCAUCUUUGCAGAGCGAAUACCCUCAUCAACAAUUAAUCACGUACGACGAUCCACGUCGCGACGGCGGAGGUAUUGGCGUCUGGCUGGGCAUCUGGGCUUGGUGCUGGGUCGGCUCCAUCCCGGUAGGCUUUAUGUCUGGUGCCGGCAUCAUCAACAGCCUUAAUCCGCAAUGGGGUUUCUACGUCUCGACGAUGCUCAUGAUUUGCGCAUUGAUUUUCAACGUUUUGGCACCGGAAACAAGACAAUCAGCCUUACGACACGCGUUACAAGAGCUUGAGUAUACUGGAAAAUCAAUCGGAGUCGAGACAAGCAAAGUCGCUCGUGGUGAAAUCAAGUUACAUCUUGAUAAUCGAGGCCCGCAGCACUGGUACCAAGAGCUUUGGGCCGGGGUUAUAUUAAUGAAACGCAUGUUCUGUCAACGUGGGUUCUGCGUCGUAUCACUCUAUCUCGGAUGGAUGUAUGGACAAAACAUUCUCGUCAUCGUACUCCUUGGUGCUUUACUUAGUCACAACUACCAUUUUCCCUCACGCUACGUCGGUCUUGGCAUUCUGUCUAUCGCGAUAGGUGCGCUCUUUGCUGUCCCAAUGACCUACGCUGGCUGGUUUAGUCGCGCACGAAAACAGGGACCAAGAACUGAUAGCAUGACCUUCGAGCCGCAGGUGACAUGGUCUUCUCAUAUGGUUCGACGUAUCGCGUUUAUGCUCAUGCUACCUGUAGCGGGAGUCAUUUACGCCAUAACUUCUCAGGGCCGCAAUAUACACUAUCUCGCCCCCAUCUUUAUGGCAGGCGCAAUCGGCUUCUUCCAGGCCCUGGCUGUGGCGGAAUGCUAUGGACUCAUCAUGGAAACUUUUGACACGAGUGACCUUCAACCUGGUGUUAACUCACGACAUCGUGUUGAAUCCCUCGCCGAGGAUGUCCGAAGACGGCGUACUAACUACUCAUGUUUUCCUCGCGUCUCUGCUGGAAUUUUCCUUUCACAAACCCUGGGCUUCCUAUUCGCUGCCGCUGCAACAGGCAUAGGCAGUGCUAUGACUCGGGAAAUUGGUGCACAAUAUUCUACGGGCAUCGCAGCAGGUAUCUUGAUGUUCCUGGCUUUAAUGCUCACGGGCGUGUUGUUCAGGUACAAAAUUGAGCAAGUAGUACCGAAUCAUGCCUUUGGAACCAGAGUUGGCACAGUUGAAAUCACGUCGGAAGAGGAAAAUGUGUUCUGGAAACCAGUUGUUAUUGGAAAUCCAAGUGGCAAAGUGAGGCGGAUGAACUUACUUGAGCUUGGAAUGUUGAGCCGGUGGAGCGAGCUUCGGAAGUUGAAUAAAUUGCUGUGAACCUUACUCUAAACUGGAUUCUGGCGGAUUUGAGAUCCAAAUUGUAUGAAAGCUGGAUGAUUCUUACCCUUGCGUAGACCAAUCCCAAGAAAC